UGGAGGAGUGGCGGCUCGCGCGGCUUGGAGUCUCGGCGUCCGGUGAGCGCGCUAAGGGGGUGGAGGAACGGGGGCGGCGCGAGGCGGCUGGGGUCCAGCUCUCGUAGCCCCGCUCUUGGUUCCUCACCCGCCAAGGACAGUGGAGAGGGUCCGGGGCUGCGCAAAUUCGAGAAACUCGGCAGGUUAUGCGCAAGCUGGUAAACUGGCUCCUUCCCCUCUUGCUAGUUGAAUGGCCUCAUCUGAUAUUGUAGAAAUAAGGAACAGAUUUGAAAGACUCUUUCUACCUCUCUCAUCUCCUCCUUUAUUAUUAUUUUUUCUAUAUUUUUCUGCUAAUUAUGAGCCUUAAAACUACAGCGCGCUAAAUGCAAUGUGGUAUCCUGGAUUGGAUCCUAGAACAGAAAAAGGACAUCAGUAGAGAAACUGGGGAAAUCCUGAUAAAGUAUUUGAUAACUUGUUUAUCCCUACGGUAAAGAAGGCACGUGGCUGAUGAGCAGGGAGGCGAGGCCGCAGAGUGAGACAGAGGGGCAGGCCUGGGAAGCAGAGGACGAUGACAUGGCAGAAGGCGAUUUAGGGUAUGGCCUCAGAAGAAGGCCCGGCGGCAUUUAUGAAGUGCAAGUUUCACAUUUACUUACAUCUAGAAAAAGAUCAGAUGGAAAGACCUUUCGUCCUCCCCCAUUUUCAAGAAAUGGGGAAGAAAGAAACAGUGCCGUUUUUCAGUAUUCCAAGCAUAAGAGCUUGCACGAUACAUACCCAGAAGGACCCCAAAUUCCCUAUCACGGCCGACAAAGUAGCACUGAGGAUGGAUACUGUUUUGCAAGCAAGAUGUUGAAAAUUGAACAUUAUGCUAAGAUGCCUUUACAAAAAUGUGAGGAAACUACUGGGAUAGAAACAAGAAGUAAUAGUAAUGAUUCUAAUUCAGAGUUGUCAAACGUGGAAUUAAGGCAACGUCUUCAUGAAACUUUAGAGGAGGUAGAAAUUUUGAAAACUGAACUUGAGGCAUCUCAAAGACAACUUGAAGGUAAAGAGGAAGCAUUGAGAAUUCUUCAAAGCAAUGCAAUAUUUGGCAAAGCCACAAGUCAUACCCGGGCAGUGCUUCAAAAAACUGUGGAACAAAAGAGAUCCUUGGAGAAGGAAAUAAAUGCCUUGCAGUGGGAAAUAGAAUUUGAUCGCAAUAGAUUUAAAAAUAUAGAGGAAUCUUGGAUCCAAAAAUAUGACAGGCUAAACUGUGAAAAUGCAGUCCUCAAAGAAACUUUGAAACUGAAAACAGAAGAAAUUAAAAUGCUCAAGUCUAAAAAUACAAUUUUGAAUCAACAGUAUUUGGAGGCCCUCGCCCUGCUUGAUAUCAAACAGCAGAAGAUGGCUCAGGAAAACAUGUGCCAGGACACAAGUGGCUUUACCGAGGUUUCAGGUCUUGAGCUUGCAGUUGUGGGAGCCUGCCUUUGUCACGGUCCCAGAGGGAGCCCCUGUACCUGUGCCAGACGGGCAGCAUCUACUCAGAAAAUGCUCCUUCAGGUCAAACAGGAGUUGGAACUUCUGCAGAAGAGUAAAGAAGCAGCCUACAUAAUGGCAGAUGCAUUCAGAAUUGCAUUUGAGCAACAAUUAAUGAGGAAAAAUGACCAGGCGCUAAGACUGACACAAAUGGAUAAAAUGUGUAAGAAAGCAACAAAAGGGACAAAUUGGAAGCACCUUAAAGAUGAUGGGUUACCAUCACAAAGGAGUAAGAAGACCUUAGGGCAGAAACUGUUGGGUAUGCUCCCUUUGGAAAACAGUUCUAAGAGUACUGAUGACCAGCAUGAUCCUCAGGAAGUCUUUAAGAUGCUAAUAGAUUUGUUAAAUGAUAAAGAAGAAGCUUUGGCUCAUCAAAGAAAAGUUAGUUACAUGCUUGCUCGGGCUUUGGAAGACAAAGGCACCACCUCAAAAGAGAAUAAAGGAAAAAAUCCUAUGAAAGACAAUUCUCCAUUAUUAAAAAACCCCUGGCAGAAGACUUCAGAAUUCCCUGUUUUACGUGAUCCUGUACAUUCAAGUGUUCACAUUUUUAAUUCUGUGGGCUGCAUUUGUUCAAUUCAGCACUUUCAAACAGAUCAAAACUACGCAAGAACUCUUAAAAGAUCCUAUUCUUUGCCAUCAAAUAUCAUGUACUGAAGACAAACCAGUUGAAAUUAGAACUGAGAGCUGUUUAUAUCAAGACUUUGAAAACAGACCAUGUAAAUGUUGCUACAUCUUCAGAAGUUGUAUGUUUUCCGGGUAUUUCUAAAUUUGGGGAAGCAGCUUAAAUAAAUGUUCUCUACAAGAAAUU